UUAAAACAUGCUACUUUUUUUUUUUACAUUAAUGAGUAAUCUUAAACAAGUUAUAAUUCGAAAGUUCGUUGCUGCAAGUCGUACUUCGUGAACGUGCCUUAACCAAUUAUUACUUUCCAGUAUGUACCGGUAUUUAAUGUUCUAUUUUAAAUAGUACUCCCGGUUCAAUACGUUAAUGGUGAUAUUCCACAAGCACACAAAGGUGUUUUUCUACCUAUGCAUGCCUAACGUCAACGGCUUUGUGGUUCCCUCGCCUUGCUCCGUAUAUGAAUCGUCUGCAUGUUGUAAAGCACGGCGUCUUUGCAGACUGAAUGCACCAAUAUGUGGGUGAUUAAAUCUUCGCCUUUCUAGAUCCUUUCUGAGUUUGAAUUUUGUCUGGAAAUACCUUUUGUCGACUGGUAUGGAGCGCUGUUUAUGUGGCAUUGGCAUUAUCAUUUAGUUCGACUGUUACGCCGUCCGUAACCACCAACAUGGUCAUGCCUAACAUAGAUCCAUAACCCUCUUCAGCCAGCAUAUCAAGAAACCCGUUAUUUCUAAGAUAAGCUAGUAUAUAUCCAUUACAAAUACAAGGAACACGAACUGGGCAAAGUACGUUUCAGAACACGGUAUGUCAUUCAAUAAGACAAAACACGCGGUAGCAAUGGGGUCGCUGAGAUUGGAUAGUAUGGGGCCAGAUUCUGUUUUCGUUGAAGGUAAUUCUGAAAAUGAAUCGAGAACUUUCCACACGAAUCACUGCAGUAUUCACCCUAAUAAAGUAAUGGAUCUUUAUUGUAAGACAUGCAACCAGCCAGCAUGCAGUGACUGCGUCGUUGGUCGCCACAGGGACUGCAAUAGAAAUCUGUGUUCAUUACAGGAUGCUUUGGAAGAAAGGCGUCGAAAGGUCACCAAACACAAAGAGACUAUGCUAAAGGCAUUGAAGAAGAUUUCAGAAACACGAAAUGAAAUGCUUUCAAAUGCAGGAAUGCAGCAAGAUGUAUAUUCUACAAUAAAACAAGAGGUGCUGAAAUGUGAAGCAGACGCCAUACAGGCGAUCAAACAUGGAACCAGAAAAAUACUGGACAGUUUAGAACGUGUUUGCAGCCAUGACCAGAAGUCGAUGGAGUCCAUAUUGUUUUACGUGGCAACAAUUGUAGAUGGCUCGAUGAACAUGUUAAAUGCGACAGAUAGUCUCUUGCAGCUUUCUGAAAAGACGCACACACCUCACUUUGCCAGAGAUAAAAUAUCCACGGCAAAGCAACCAUAUGAUUGUGAAGAACGGUCAUCAAGGUCAAAAGUGCAACACCGACAGGAAUGUCCUGUGGGAGAUGUUAACAUGUCACCAACUUUCUACGAUAAUUUAACUAACCAUGGUGUAUCUGCGAGUACUCCACUGGAAUACAAUUCCCUCGUCGAGGAACAUCAUGCCAGUGUUCGUUUCCAGAUAGCAGGUGAUGACUUAGGGUUUGCCAAGGACGGCGAGAUGAAUGGCGUGCAUCUUCCAAAACAUCAACAAGGACAUAAUACUGAACAUGUGUUCAUAAAACACGAUCAGAAUGAGAUGGAGAUUAAGAAACCGAUUCCAACUAAAUUCAAUUUACUGCCGUCUUUGGUACUACCGGGACAACAAGAAAAACGAGAACGUCGAUGUGUCAAAAGUGACAGCUCUAUAAAAGUAUAUCCUAUUAAGGACCCUGAUCAUCAACACGAGAGGCCAUCAGCGUUUUCAGCGGUUAAACCUGUGAUUAUGAAUGGAGAGAUCAGCAAAACUGUGGACAGACACCGAUUACAGGGAACCAAAAGUGAAAGCCGACCGUAUGUUACAGCUACGUUGAAUAAGACUUCUUCUGGAUCUGAAUCUGAUGCAAGCUUUCGAAAAGGUUCUACAAAUACCGAUUUUCGUCACAGUCCAUCUGAGGUCGUGUGCAAGCUACAAACUCAGAACGCCAAUAGAGAAAUACAGAUGAAACCUUCCCCAGAAUCUGCUCAUGUCACUGGACAGAACACAUUCCGUCUAACACCACAGCUGUUUUCUGAUAGAGUAGAAAUCAAAACAGAGUCUGAUACAAUAGCAAUUAAAACAGAGAUUUACGCCAAACCGAUUUUAAUCAAGACUUUACAGUUGCCUCUGGAAAAUAAGUCUUUCCACUCGGUUCAGGAAUCUAAAGUGAUGAAUAUCGGUCAGCGCCUGAGCAGUACAGAUUCUACAAAACUUGUCGGAAUGCUUGAAAGACCCCCAGCAGACGUAACCUUACAACCACACCAGCUGGACAUAGCAGUGGUCCGACCAGAUGAGUCUAUUGUUGUCGCAGACGGGUGGAACUCGUGCCUGAUAGCUUUCGCUAAAGAUGGCGACCAUUACUACCCGAGUGUGAUGGAUCUGUCGUUUGAUCCCUGCUGCGUGGCCGAGGUGGGAAACAACACAGUGGCUGUCACUGGUGGCACAGACAUCAUUUUCAUAAAGGUGAAGCCCGAUCUGCUGGUUGAAAAGACUCUCUACUUCCAGAAGUAUUACCAAGGCAUCGCACACAUCACCGCUGGUAAGAUCGCCGUCAGCUACACACCAAACGGGAUCAUGCAGAGAUAUGUACACAUUGAUAUUAUCUCCCUUAAAGGCGAUCUCCUGCAGACGAUGGAAACUGAAAUCGACCCAGACGUGUACAACACGAGACUAUGUUGCAAUCACAAGCAGGACUUACUCCUAGCCUGCUGUUCUUUUGGCGGCUCUGUUGCUUUUCUUCAGAAAACCGACAAUUACACGUGCAAAUUUGAAAUCGAUCUGACUAAACCUUGGAGCGUUGCAUUUGACCAGAAUGCACACAUCUACAUCGUGGAUGGAGAUAUGGAUCACCGACGGUUGGUGAGGACUCGGGAAGAUGGUUCACAACCCGAAGUGAUUCUGUCGGCAGAAAAUGGCUGCACUAUUCCAGCCAGUGUCGUGUUUGGUCAGGACGGUUUCAUGUACAUCACCCAGUGUGACGGGAAUAUUAAGAUUUUCCAGAUCGCCGACUGAUGAUAUUAUUUUGAAGGUUUAAGGAACGCUCAAAACAAAAUAAAUUAACUGAAACUGUUGUUGAGAUAGUACAGGCUGCAUUGCAAAUCAGUAUAAGAUAUAUAAUCCGUCCUAAAGAAAAAUUAUAGUUCUAAAUUAUAAAUACAUAUAGCCUAUUGUUGACAUUCAUAAAAAAUAUAUAGACAUUUUAUCCUUGAUGUUUUAUAGUUAUUAAUAUUCACGAAGUCAUUUCCUGGCUAAUAAUAUGUUUUUAUUUAUUAAAGAUUUAUUCUUCUUAUUUUAGAUGCUUUGUAAAUGUUCUUUUGUCUUUCAUUAAAAACAAAUAACUGAUGCUACAAAUAUGUAAUUGGUAAUACAGGCGACGUUAUAGUUGAACAGUUUGACACCUCUCUCCCUCUCUCUCUCUCUCUCUCUCUCUCUCUCUCUCUCUCUCUCUCUCUCUCU